AUGACUUCCCUUAUCUCUCGUCCGAUACUUGACUUAUCUGUCUCGUAUGACUGUGAUUCCACCAUCUCCUUGUACAAUGUAUGGAAAGUCACCAAUCACGAAUGUCUCGCGUGCAAACAGGCGCCACUGCUGCGCCUUAACAAUCGUCUGUGGCGACUCUUGAACGAAAAGCUACUCCGCUGCCUGCUGCGAAAGAUAGACCAUUCCUAUCUCGACUUGAACAAUGCACCUUUGCAUGCGGAAUCCGCCGGACUACCUACUCUGAGGCUACUCCAUCACCACCACGAGUUGGAUGGUGGUCUUACCGAAAAAAUCGCGUCCGAUAUAACCUCGGGCCGCCGCUCCAGUCUAGCUUCUGAUCAUCUUUCAGAUCACAAGUUAGAUCAAAAGUUAGAUCACAGGUUAGAUCAUCUACAUCCAGCUUCUGCUCAUCUUCUGAAGUCGGAGCUGGUUGUCUCCUCUCCUCCUUCUCAGUCACAUGUGCCAGCAGCAAGACCUUCGCUCUUCCUGAACUCAACUGCUGGCGCUCAUGGAUCCCGUUUGACGCUUGGCAACUCCGCCGAUGACGAAGAUCGCUCGUUUGACUCUGCCGAUGACACUUCCGAUAUUUCUGAAGUCGAUGAGUAUGAAUAUUCUGAUGACGAUGACGUGCUUUAUGAAAGCAGUGAGGAGAGCAAUUGUAACCACCGCAUGAAACAAAGUCGGUUUGUUGACCACGAAUCCGACCUGGCCUCGCCUCUCAAUAAGGUUCUGAAUCUGUGUAAUCUGUCCAACGGGUCAAAUGCGUCCAAUCUGCACCAUUUGUCUCCGGUGUUGAGUAAGGCUGCAAAGGUGCCUCCGCUGGACGUGUCGCCCCAUAAUACUCUCUACAGUGACCAGCAGAAUGACCCAAAGGUGGAACUGAAGAAUAUCUUCUACAUUGCACAUACACCUUCUCCGCCUGAGAGGAACGGAGAAAAUAAGAACGUCAAGAGACAGGACUCUCUUUUCGGCCAUGGCUUAUCGACUAAAGUGUCCAACCACCUUUCGAGUGUUUCGUCCACGGAUAUCUCUGACGAUGAGUACGAUCUGGAUGCUGAAGAUGCGGAUGUGGUAUCACCGAUUGUGAAAACGUCUCGUGCAAGCAAAAGCACCACCGAAGAUAACGACAGCGAGUGGAUGUCUGUGUCUUCAGACGGUGAGCAGGUAACAGAUUCUCCUCGGACACAGCCUCUUUCGUUUUCGAAAAUUAUACCUGCAAGAACGGCUCUUGAAACCGUUCCUGAUAAUGCGUCUCUAACUGAUGUCACUCGGAAAGCGUCACCAGUGUUGAACAAACCCCGCUCGCUUUUGUCUGGUUUGUUCUUGAAUGAAAUGGCACAAAAUACCACAGGCUCUCCAACUUCGGCAAAGAGCUUCUCCCACCCCACAAAUACCCUUCCUAAACCAGUGUUGAAGAGAUCUUCGACGACAGGAGUCAUUACCGUGGAUAAAAACAUGAGGGCCCGCGAUCAGGUAAAGGGUCUGAGGACUUCUAUCAUUUUUUCGAAGCGAUACGCUUCUUUCACCGAUAUUUCUAGGAGGAUGGGGUUGUACAGGUCGCCUGUGCUCUUUGUGGAAGAAGAGGAGGCGCCAGGAGAAACUAAACUGGACGCCGUUAACAAGUCAGACUCGGAGAGCUUGCUUGCUAAACAAACAUCCAGUGUUGAGCUAUCCAAGUUCAUAGCCACGGCUACGCCUGCCAACCCAAGCAUCAAUGUCAGUGCUAGUGGGCCUAUUGCGAGUGUCAACAAGUCGCCCACGUACGAUGGUACCGAAGGAGCUCUUUCCAGUAGUUUGAGCAAGUACUCGUCCUUAUACCCAAGUGCUGGGAGCUCCUUCAAGAACAUCUUAUCUAAAAGUUCCUUGAAUAUUUCUAGUUAUUUUGGACUGAACAAGUUGAGCAAGUUGAAGUCUCUGAACCACAUUGCGAAGUCUGAGACAUUCAAAUCGCCACCGCGGCAGAGUGAGCCGCUUCCUUCACUGUUUGCGGGAUACCUAUCCCAGCAGAAUUCCCAGGAGGCCUUCGAAAAUCUGGAAUCGUUUUCAAAGUCAUCUUCUAAGGUAAUCAAGGUGGCCCCCAAUCCGAUCAAAGAUUUCGAGCCGUCUGUAGAAAUCAGCGAAUCCCUCAAGGAUUCGCUAAUGAUCGACCAUAAGCUUGGGAAAAUUCCGUUGCCUGAGAGGGUCAUCCGGGACGAUGAAUUGUUUGGCAAUGAUCGGACAUAUGUGGAUGACUCAAACGACUACUAUUCCAAGGGUUGGUGA